UUUACCAACUUCCCAUAAACGGUUGGUCGAUUUAAAUACUCUGUCUCUAUUGGUUAUUUUAAACGUCACUCAGACUGCGCCGCGUCCAAUCACCGAGCAGUCUUUCAAUCAUAUAUUUUUGGCGGUGGUCGGAAGAUGGCGGAAAAUUUGAAAGCUCAAGUUUGUAUGGUAGCAUGCAUUGCUACUUCAGAGCAGCUGGAGACACUCUGUCGAGAGCAAGGUGUGAUAUGCAAAGAGCUGGGCAUCAACAAACAAAAUCUGUCUGAUUAUGAGGUGGAAUACCUCUGUGACUACAAAAGAAAUGUUAUCAACGAAGGGAGGAUACAAACAACACAGGAGUUAUUCUUGGUCAAAUGGAGGGGAUAUCCUGAAUCCAGCAACACGUGGGAACCACGGAAGAACCUCAAGUGCAUUGAUCUGCUCAGCCAAUUCUGGGAGGACCUGAAUGCAGAGAUGCAGAGACAGAAGAAGCGUGUCAUCCCUAAACGGCUAGACGCUGCCACCGCAUCCCACCUCGUCCAGCGGGCAAAACUCCGGCAGACCCUUGCACGGUGGGAGGCGCACCUCAACAGCCUGGGCACCCACAAAGGCCACAUCUAUGUCCGGAACCAGGUCGACCUAGAAGGCCCACCUAAGAACUUCACCUACAUAAAUGACUAUAAAGUUGGUGAUGGGAUCAUGUUGAAUGAGGUGGCCGUGGGCUGCGAUUGCACAGACUGUCUGGGCAGCCCAGUGGACGGCUGUUGUGCCGGAGCUUCACAACACAAGUUUGCUUACAAUGAAUUGGGCCAGGUGCGCAUUCGGCCAGGACUGCCCAUUUAUGAGUGCAACAAACGGUGCCGCUGUGGGCUGGAUUGCCCCAACAGAGUAGUGCAGAGGGGUAUUCGGUAUUCCCUCUGCAUUUUUAGGACAGACAAUGGCAGGGGCUGGGGGGUACGAACCAUGGAACGCAUUCGCAAGAACACUUUCGUCAUGGAGUAUGUUGGGGAGAUUAUUACAACAGAGGAAGCAGAACGGAGAGGUCAUGUGUAUGAUAAAGAAGGCGCAACUUAUCUUUUUGACCUGGAUUAUGUGGAUGACGAAUACACGGUGGAUGCUGCUCACUAUGGAAACAUCUCCCACUUUGUCAACCACAGCUGUGACCCCAACCUCCAGGUAUAUAAUGUUUUUAUUGAUAACUUGGACGAGCGGCUGCCACGGAUAGCAUUCUUCGCCACACGUGGCAUAAAAGCAGGAGAGGAGCUUACAUUUGACUACAAAAUGACAGUCGAUCCAGUAGACGCCGAGAGCACAAAGAUGGAUUCUAAUUUCAGUUUGACAGGACUUCCUGGUUCUCCUAAGAAACGUAUGCGUAUGGAGUGCAAAUGUGGUGUGGCGACAUGUCGAAAAUACCUUUUUUAGAGGUUGUGGCCACAAGAAGAGUCACUGCAAGAAGAUCAUGUGUUGAAAAGUGUGGGAACUGUUUUGGGAAGUAAUUUUAAAUGUCUUAUUGAAUUUUAAGUAUUUUGGCUUUUAAAGUUGUGUUUUUUAUUAUUAUUAUUAUUUCCCUAAGAUUAACUUCAGCAAGAUCAAGCUUUUCACUCCCAAGUGUUGUCCGGUGUUUAAAAGACGUGGUGUUCAUAUAUUUCCAUUGAAUUUGUUGAUUAUAAAAUGUUUGUGAAUUGAAGUCUUUGCGCUUUUGUCUGGACAAAAAGAUUUCAUUUUAAAUUACAUGUUAAUUGUAAGCCUUUAUAUAUAUAAAAAAAUUGGAAAAAUCCUCAAGUUUUGACACCGUGGUAAAGUACAGAAUAUUUAAAAUGUACAGCUGUUUAUAAUUUGUAGUAUUUUUUUUUUUGUUUGUUUGUUUUUUUAUUUAUUUUUUUUACAUCAAAAUUGUCAAAUAUACAGUUAAUCAGUUUUGAGGAGGGAUUAUCUUGUUUUUUAUUUUUAACAAAUUUUAGUAUUUUUUUUACUUUUGUAGCCCUGUUUUUAACAAAUACCUUUAUUAGGUGUCUGGCCAGUGUAAAAUAUUAAUGAUUUAAAAUGCCCUUAACUUCAAGCAGAUAAUGAUUUUGUCUUGAAAUGUCCACCAGGGGGUGAAAUUGUACUAUUAAUGCACAGAGGCAUGUUUAUUAGACUGAUGGAUGGUGGACCAACACGAGUUGCAGUCCUUUACGCAUAAUGUUGUCUUUCUGUAUUUUAUUUGUAUAUAGGCUAACAAUUCAUGUGACAAAAUAUAUUCAUUUUAUUAUCAAAUUGGUCUUUCAGUGGCUGUAUUGGAAGAGCUGGACUUUGAUCAACAAGAUGUCUGAAUAAGAGGAAGAAUACUGUUUUAUAUAUAUAUAUAUAUAUAUAUAUAUAUAUAUAUAUACAUACAUACAUACAGAUA